ACAAUGCCUGAGCCAGCCAAAUCCGCUCCCGCUCCCAAAAAGGGCUCCAAGAAAGCUGUUACCAAGGCCCAGAAGAAGGACGGUAAGAAGCGCAAGCGCAGCCGUAAGGAGAGCUACUCUAUCUACGUGUACAAGGUGCUGAAGCAGGUCCAUCCCGACACUGGCAUCUCGUCCAAAGCCAUGGGCAUCAUGAACUCCUUCGUGAAUGACAUCUUCGAGCGCAUCGCUGGUGAAGCGUCCCGCUUGGCGCAUUACAACAAGCGCUCGACCAUCACUUCGCGGGAGAUCCAGACGGCUGUGCGCCUGUUGCUGCCGGGGGAGCUGGCCAAGCACGCGGUGUCCGAGGGCACCAAGGCCGUCACCAAGUAUACCAGUUCCAAGUGAGUCC